AUGGAGGCAUCUUUGUUCGAGUCGAAAGUCUAUGUUGUAACUGGGGGCGCCGCGGGCAUCGGUCUGGCCACUGUGGUGCAGUUGGUGCAGCACGGCGCGAAUGUGCACGCCCUGGACGUUGUCGUCGACGAGCCCGAAGCCUUGACGGCGCUGGCACGUGGCGGUCGAUUGACGUACCACCAGGUUGACGUGCGCAGUCGGGACCGAUGCCACGAGAUCUUCGAGGGCAUCGUUCGGAAGCACGGCCAGGUGGACGGGGUGGUCAACGCGGCCGGCAUCUGUCCGCUGGAGGGCGAGCUGCCGGGCGACGACUUGUACGAGAGCUGCUACGACGUCAACGUGCGCGGGACCUGGAUCGUAGGCACCGAGGGACUGGCCCAGAUGAAGAAGCAGGGCUCGGGCAGCGUGGUCAACAUCGGCAGCACGUCCAGCCUCGUCGGCGUGGCACGCCUGCCACUGUACACCUCCACCAAGCACGCCGUGCUGGGCCUGACCCGAAGCUGGGCCCUCGACUUUGCCAAAUACGGGGUGCGUGUUAACAUGGUUGCUCCAGGCCCGACCGAUACCGCCAUGUCGCGUAGUCCAUUGCAGACCGUCAUGGGGCCCAAGUUUGGAGGAAACAAGACCGACGAUGAGCUCCUGGACAUCAUCGCCAAGGGUAUCCCGCUGGGCAGACUGGGCAAGCCGGACGACAUUGCGAACGCCGUCUUGUUCCUGCUGAGUGGCCUUUCCUCGUUCAUCACGGGUCAGAUUCUUCCCGUCAGCGGAGGGUAUCAGUCAUAG